GAUGAAUACAAGAAAUUAUAAAAAAGAUGUAUCAGAUUAAGGCUCUAUCAAAGGAUAAACAAACUAAAACUUUGGAUAUUCAUAACCUCAAUAAUUUUAAGAUGGAAUUUCGAGAAUUCAAGAAGAGAUGAUGGAUCCUCGAAACAUUUAGCCUGAUUCUAUGUUUGUGAAUUUUAGCGGAGUUCUAGAAUGUGGUGAAGUAAAAGAGCUAUUUAAUAAAUUAGUGUGAAGAUGAAGAAUCGUUAAGAAUAGAAUAUGCAGUAAAAUACGGAGGAGAUGAUUGGACAUAUUUGAAAACUAGCGUAUGAUUUCAAAUAAAAUUAGAAUAAUGCUGAUGAUGCAGAACCAAGCGGAAUAUCUUAAUUGAGCACUUCACGAAAUUUACACUCUAGAAAUAUUGUUUGGAAUUUCCCUUUUGAAUGCAACUUUCAAACUAAAAACAUAUUCGGAUGGCCCCAGGUUGUAGUUAGACUUUCAGGUCCAGAUUUCAUGGGAAGAAGUGUGGCCAAAGGCUAUGGAUCCGUUCAUGUUCCAACUUAACCAGGAUAGUAUGAAUUCUGAAUAGUCUUCUAGUCAUGAAAGAGUAAUUAGAAUAUUCAAACCUCUACCAAUUUCUGGUUUCACAGGAUUUUUGGGUUAUUUGUUGGGAAACACUGCUGAACUCAAAAACUUCGAUAAAGUUAUUUCCUCAGGUGAAGGAAGAGAAGUUACAAGAGUUAAAUCGGUGGGAUAUGUAAAAGUUAAGUUUCACGUAACAUUAGUAAAUUUUGAUAAAUUUGGUUAUUUAUGA